ACGUGAUCUAUCACGGGAAAGGCUCGACUCAACACCGGAAAUGCUACGAAACAUUUGAUUCUUUAAUAAAUGCUUUAAUCAGCCAUGCAUAGUUUUUAUAGCACAGUAUUAAAUUUUGUUGCAGUAUUGGUCAUUUGUUUGUCGUUCUACAUCAAUCAUUCAUUGGCUGGUAAAAUGAAGAUAGUUGAGGAGCCAAACACGUUUGGGUUGAAUAAUCCUUUUGUGGCUCCGGGAAGCAGAUUACAGCCUAAAGUCCCCCCAUCACCAGUUUCUGGCCCAGUUCACCUUCAUCAUCUUGCUGGGAAGUGCUAUAGCCUCAUAGAGUCAACGUACAAAUAUGAAUUCUGUCCCUUCCACAACGUAACUCAACACGAGCAGUCAUUCAGGUGGAAUGCCUACAGUGGAAUAUUGGGGAUCUGGCAGGAGUGGGAAAUGGCGAACAACACCUUCACAGGCAUGUGGAUGAGAGACGGUGAUACUUGUGGAAGCAGAAACAGAGAAACAAAGGUGAUUCUGGCCUGCAGCAAUAACACCAAGCUGUCUGAGGUGUCCGAGCCCAGCACCUGUGUGUACUCCCUAAUCUUUGAGACGCCACUUGUUUGCCAUCCACACUCCCUUUUAGUGUACCCGACGCUGAAUCAGAAGCUCCAGGAGGAAUGGGAUGAAGCAGAGCAGGCUCGCUAUGAUGGUCUUAUUACUGAGCAGGGGUACAACAACCUCUUGAGGGAUAUUUUUGAGGAUGCAGGACUCCUAAAGAGCCUCAAAGUCAAAACCAAUCUGCCAGAGGCCAAAGCAGAUCCAGAAAAGACCAACUCUUUACAGAAAUGUGAAGAGAAUUCUGAAAAACAGAAAAAAGAGAUUGAGAGGCUGCGUGCUCUCCUAAGGCAACAUAAUAUUCCGUUUGAUUCACAGACAAAUGAAGAAAAAGAAAUAGCGAGUGUCACGGUGAAGGAUCAACACUUGAGAGGAGACACCGGCCUCGUAGAUCUGCAGUGAGACGGAGCGACUGGCGCUCAGGAGAACACUGGAGUGUCAUUGGUCAGUGUGCCGAGUGAAGCUGUAGUUGUGUAAUUGACCUGUCCUCUCCAACAGGUGCACAAACAGUUCAUGCACAGAGAAAAAAAUUGACGUGAAUGAUUGUUUUUGAAAGACGACUCAGGUGUGAAAGCCACAAAGAUGCUGAAUAAAAUGCUUAUUGCUCUGCAAAUGCCAAACAGAGAAAA